CAAGUGUGCAUGCAGUUAGGUGGGCAGCUAAUAAGAUGGCGGUGGCUGUGCGAACUUUGCAAGAUCAGCUCGAAAAAGCUAAGGAGAGUUUGAAAAAUGUGGACGAAAACAUAAGGAAAUUAACCGGCAGGGACCCAAAUGAAUUACGACCGGGUCAGACCAGACGGCUUUCUCUCACAGGCCCAGGUGGAGGUAGAGGGCGGGGAAUCAAUUUGCUGAGGCGUGGACUCUCUGAUGGUAGCGGAGGACCCCCAGCCAAACAGAGGGAUAUUGAAGGAGCACUCUUAAGGCUGGCGGGGGAUCAGAGAGCCCGGAGAGACUCGCGGCAUGACAGCGACGCUGAGGAUGAUGACGAUGUCAAAAAGCCAGCGUUGCAGUCAUCUGUAGUGGCUACCUCCAAAGAACGCACGCGUCGAGAUCUUAUUCAAGAUCAGACCAUGGAUGAGAAGGGGAAACAAAGAAAUCGCCGCAUGUUUGGCCUGUUGAUGGGAACGUUACAGAAAUUUAAGCAGGAGUCUACGGUGUCCACAGAGAAGCUGAAAAGACGGCAGGAAAUUGAACAGAAACUGGAGGUCCAGGCAGAACAAGAGCGUAAGAAAGUGGAGAGCGAGAGGCGGGAGUUGUUUGAGGAGCGACGCGCCAAGCAGACAGAACUGCGUCUCUUGGAGCAUAAAGUGGAGCUGGCCCAGCUGCAAGAGGAGUGGAAUGCCCACAAUGCCAAGAUUAUAAAGUUCAUUCGUACCAAGACCAAACCUCCUAUCUUUUACCUGCCUGGUCGCAUGUGUUCAGCCACCCAGAAACUCCUGGAAGAAUCUCAGAAAAAAAUGAACACCAUGUUGGAAGAGAGGCGUCAGGCUUUUGCCGAGCACUUGAACAAGAUGGAGGCUCGGCCCCGGCGGCAGUUCCUGCGGGCUGGCGACAGGGCAGUGGAGGACGCCAGCCGGGCUGAAGAUCCGAAGAAGGAAGAUGAAGAAGAGGGUAAGCAGAGAGUAAGGCUGACAGGUAACCGACAUGAUGUGGACGAGGAGGAGGAGGAGGAGGAGGAAGAGGAAGAGGCAGGAGAGGAGGAGGGAGAGGAGAGGGAAGAGAGCUCAGAGGUUAGGGAGAGUGAGGUGGUGGAGCAGGAGGAAGAGGUGAAGGAGCAGGCCGAGGGCAAGGCAGAGGGUGGAGAGGAAAACGAGGAAGAGGAGGAAAUGGCAGGAGUGGAGGAUAAGGGGGUAGAGGAGAAGGUGGAGGUUACAGCGGUAGUGAUGGAGUCAGAAGUUCAGGCAGCGCAGGGACAGCGGCAGGAGAAGGGUCCAGAAGCAGCAGCAGUAGAUGAGGAAGGCAAUGACAUUAGGGAGGAAGAGAAUGAGGCAGGGAAGGAAGCUCCUCAGGAUGCCGUCCCCGAAUCCCAGCGGACCUCAGAAAACCACACAGAAGCCCAGACGACUGAGUGCAAAGAGCCUGAGCCGGAAACAUCCGCGCCCUCUGUAGUUGAGCCAACCACCAUGACGCCAGAUGGCGCUCUUGAGCCCCACCUUGGCCACCAGGCACCAGAAGAAGAAGCCAUCCCUCAGGAGCCGAGCCAGGAGCCCGGAGCUCAGCCACCAGAAGCUAAGGCCCCCUCGAAGGGGCCGGAGGAGGAUGGGGAAGAGGCCGGUGCUCGGACCAAAGCCAAGGCCAAGCGUAGCCGUAGCAGCAGUAGCUCCUCCUCUAGCUCCUCCUCCAGCUCUUCCUCCAGUGGCUCCAGCUCCUCCUCCAGUGGCUCCAGCAGCCGCAGCAGCUCCUCGGGUUCCUCGUCCUCGUCAUCCAGCUCCCGCUCUCGCAGCCGCGAUAGGGACGGCCACGGGCGUAACCGCGAGCGCCGACGCAGGGACACAGAGCGGGAGCGCAAGAAGAGCGGUGGAGACCGCACUCGCAAGACGCCCAAGAACAGCGGGCGCGAGGGCAAAGGCUCCAAAGACAAGGGCUCCAAAUCGGACAGGAAGAGAACGACUUCCGAGGGCAACAGAUCAGGCAAGAGGUCAUCGCGGAGUGAGCGGGAUCGCAAACCUGACCGGAAGGAAAAGCGACGUUAAGAAGAAGGCAUGCAGGGCUUGUUUGUUUCUUAUCCUAAAAGUGAGGCCAUUGGAGCCAGAAGGGAAUGGUGUGUGUAUGUUUUUGGGGAAUAGCAGUGCUAUUGGAGGUAAAAAUUGCCUUAAGCUGGCUUUCUUGAUUCCUCUUGCUCAAACAGGUUUUUAAAUUUCACUCUGAAUCCAUGCUGCUUUUUCCCAUCUGAUUUAUUUUUUUCCUUCCUGACCUUUCACUCAUAAUUUUUAGAUUUUCUACAGUCUGAUUUUAAGUGAUGCACCAUGCUAUAUAUUUCAGUGCUAUACUCUUUCAAACUUUGACUCCCAGAUUGCUGGAGGCAAACGUGAGGAUGACCAAGAUGUGUUGCUAAUACUGAACAUAAGUGUCUUGGCUUCAGUAUUGUCAUUUGUCACUGUCAUGCUGUAGAGUAGUAACUUUUUUUUCUUUGCCUAGCUGUGCAGUGCCGAUAUGCAUUUACCUUUCUGUAAAUGCCAGGCUCCUGCUUUUGCGAGUAAAGUGUAAACAGGCCUGUUAUUUGAGAGAGCUGUAGACUUUUUGUAUAAAUGAAGCAUAAACUUCUUGUCGGCAUAUUAAAUUAAAAAAACAAAAAGUAAAGAA